AUGCUAAUACCAGAGUAUUCAAGUGAUUCAGAAGAUCAAGAUGCUAGUCUAAAUACAUCAGGGCCCGUUUCUUCUUUUGCAAUCAAUGCAGCCCCAACAGUCAUUGAAACUUCAAAUAACAGAGAUCUUAUAAGCCGUUCGGAAAGCAAUUUUAAAGAACUGUCUCACAAUGUUCCAAUUGACAAGAUGCACAAGCCAUUGUAUGGCCCGGCCAACCCAUACCUGACGAGAAAUCAAGAAUCCCAAAAAAAUACUAUAACAGGCUAUGUUGAGCGCGAGAAUGUUUCAAAUGCUGUUUUCAACCAAGAGUUUAACUCUUAUGGGAAACGAAAAACACAAUUUGGGGAGUCUGAAGGUGAACCGGCCGACCCAAGCACGCUUAGAGAGCUUAGAAAAGAGAUAAAAAAGUCAAGAAAGGCUGCUGGCGAUCCUUCUAUUCUUGAAGGUGAGAAUACAUACAGAGGCCCUUGGGCCAAGUAUGAUGACAAAAGCCAGUUAUCACCGUCAUCAGAAGAACUCGAGGAUGUAGAAGAAAUUGUAGAAUAUACGAAUGAAGAUCAAGAAAAAGCAGACAAAGAAGAUGCAACAGUAUCCGCUACGCCAAUUUAUGAAGAAAAACCUGAAGUGAAGGAAUACUCAACUUUUCACAAAGAUUCUCUUUAUGACUAUCAAAACCGAACUUAUCUUCAUGUUCCAACAGAUGCUGGCUUGAGUCUCACUGGCACUCCUGGCGAACAGGUUUGCUAUCUCCCUAAAAAGCAUAUACAUACCUGGAAGGGACAUACAAAGGGAAUUUCCUGCUUACGCUUUCUCCCCACAAGUGGCCAUUUAUUACUUUCAGGAUCCCUAGAUUCUGAAGUCAAAAUUUGGGAUGUUUAUCAUGAUCGGUCACUACUGAGAACAUUUCAUGGCCACUCAAAGCCUAUUCGAGACCUUUCAUUUAAUCAAAGCGGUAGUUCUUUCUUGAGUGCUUCCUUUGAUAAAACUAUCAAGCUAUGGGAUACCGAAACUGGUAAGUGCCAGCAGCGUUUUGCUACUGGUAAACAAGCUCAUUGCGUUCGCUUUCAAGUGGACCCAGAAAGACCAUACGAAUUUUUAGCCGGUAUGUCUGACAAGAAAAUAUUACAAUUCGAUACUCGAGCCCCAGAUAGUGUACAAUCGUAUUCGCACCACCUAGGUGCCGUAAAUUCAAUAACUUAUUUGGAAAAUGGUAAAAGAUUCGUUACAACUUCCGAUGAUUCCUCCAUGCGCUUCUGGGAAUAUGGAACCCCAAUACCAAUCAAAUACGUGGCAGAUAUAGGAAUGCAUUCUAUGCCCAGGGUCGCUCUUCGCCCCAAUGGGAAAGCAUUGGCAUGUCAAUCUUUGGAUAAUUGCAUCUACGUCUAUUCUGCUGUCGAAAAGUAUCGACAGAACAAAAAGAAAUCGUUUCGGGGUUUCAAUUGUUCUGGUUACAGUUUAGAAGUUGGAUUUUCUCCGGAUGGCCGUUUUGUGUACAGUGGUGAUUCCUCUGGAAAUGCUUGCUUUUGGGAUUGGAAAACAUGUAAGUUGUUAUCUAAGCUUCCAGCUCAUAACGGUCCUCUACAAAGUAUGGCUUUCCAUCCUCAAGAAACUAGCAAGGUAGCGACCUCAUCUAUUUUGGACGGCGUAAUUAAAUAUUGGGAUUAA